AUGACCGCCCAGAACUUGUCUUACACGACUUUUUGCUAUUCUUAUCGCACCUGCAGUCUCUCCUUUGCAAUGUUUUUUCGAUCUCUUACACCUAGCUUAGUGGCUCUCAUCGUUGGAUCUUUCUGUCUCGUUGCUUCAAAGAUAAAUGCAUACUCUGUACCCAAGGAAAAAGUAAACUGGUCAAAUCAUCCCUCUGUACCCUCGAAGGACACUCGAGACUCGUCAAAUUAUACUUCUACUCCGCCAUCCAAGGACAGUAAGGGCUCGGCAAAUACUACUACUUUUACACUCCCCCAUGGGCUGGGCACAUUCGAUAUUUUCGGUGAACCUGCUGCCGUGGAAAUGUCAGUAAUCUUGAGGACAGUUUCCACUCUUUCUCUGAAUCAAUUGAUAACAAGAUUUGUUUCUCGCUUUUCGUCUCAUCCCAUGGACACGUUUGCCAUAUAG